AUGACCUCGCCACCGCAAAAGUCAUAUCUGCUGCGAGUACUAUCCAAUAUCUUCGAGUCCUACAAGCACGAUUCAGUCUUGUUUACUCAGCCAAACAAGCUGCUCCAGUGCUCCACAUGCGGGAAUUUUCAAGAUGACUAUUUCAAAGUAUAUCAUGAACCAGGCGGUGUAGGUGGCCUGGACUCAGGUUCUUUGAAGACAAAAUUUGAGGUUACAAUCCAUUGGGAGUAA